AGGAGGUGACCCUCAAGCUAGCUGGCCCUCAAUCAAGCUAUCCAGCCAUGUUCCACCAGGGAAACGCAGAGCAGAGGGUCAGCCUUAGCCCCCACAUUGAAACCAGAGCCUGAGACCCCAGGCUGGGCCUCCAGUAACCAAGGGCCGGAACUGAGCUGACGGAGGCCUGCACCCUAGUUCCGCUGCGGGUGGAAGGGCCAGCCCCGAUUUCGAAACUCGCCUUCCUCUCCCGAUGCUAGCAGCCGAGAGCAGCCUCUGCAAAAGGGACUCCUGCGUAAGGCCGGCGAAGGAAGCCGUUCACCGCGGGCGGUCCUCCGCCAGGACGGCUCUUCCGCCGCCCGGACCUGCGACCCCUCUCCCCGAACUCCUAUCCCUGAAUAAGGGCUCCGGGGGCCGCCCCCGGCAUCGCUGGGCCUGCAGACACCGGCCGGGUCCCAGGGAAAGGUGCUUCCCGCUCAGCCGACGAGCACUUAGUGGCGUCGGCUAGUGGCUGUGCUCAGUGAUACGAGGGGAGUCGGGUCCCCCGACUUCACCCGCACCCUCUGGCAGAGUCGGUGCCCGCGAGACCUGGGGUAGGAAGACCGGGGGAGCGCGAAGGUCCGCGGGUGAAACGCAGAUACCUUGGCGGCAGCAGGACGGCGGCCCGCGGCGCACGCGCGCGCACGACCGGAGGCCCAGUCCCCGCCCCUCCCGGGACCCGCCUUCCCCCUCGGGACCCGCCGAGGUCUGAGCAGGGCUCAGGGCGCCUCCUGCGGGCUGCGGGCAGAGCUGUACCCGGGUCCCGCCCUCCAGGCCGCCCCAGCGGACCCGGGCCCGACUGAGGCCGGGGAGCAGACCCAGGGCCGAGCAUCUCCUCGGGCGCGCGCGGUUGCCUCGGGCGCGCGCGGUUGCCCCCGGCGCGCGCGGGCCUGGCCGCGGUUGCCAUGGUUGCGGGGGGCGGGGGAGCGCGCGAAGCCCCGCCCCGCCCCGCCGCCCGCGCUGCAGCCGCCGCCGCCGCCGCCGCCGCUACUGCUGCGGGGGCCGCGGGGGUCGCAGCUGGGGCGCGGCCCCGAGGGGUGGCGAGGGGGCCGCGCCAGGCCCGAAGCCGAGGCGGGGCCGGAAUGAGGCGCUGAAGCCCAGCAUGGCCGGCCCGGGCCCCACCUUCCCGCUGCACCGGCUCGUCUGGGCGAACCGGCACCGGGAACUAGAGGCCGCAUUGCACAGCCGCCAGCGAUUCCCAGCCCUGCUUGCCCUCUUCUCUCCUGCCCUUUGUGAGUGUCCCAUCUCCCCCAGCACGACAUUGAACAGGAGGAUCCCCGCGGGCGGACCCCCUUGGAGCUGGCCGUGUCUCUGGGAAACCUGGAGUCCGUGCGAGUGCUCCUUCGGCACAAUGCUAACGUGGGCAAAGAGAACCGCCAGGGCUGGGCAGGGGGCUCCCCUCAGCAGCCUGGUGCCUGCAGUCCUGCAGGAGGCAGUCAGCACUGGAGACCCCGAGAUGGUGCAGCUGGUGCUCCAGUAUCGGGACUACCAGAGGGCCACGCAGAGGCUGGCAGGCAUUCCAGAACUGCUCAACAAACUUCGCCAGGCCCCUGAUUUCUAUGUGGAGAUGAAGUGGGAGUUCACCAGCUGGGUGCCCCUUGUGUCCAAGAUGUGCCCGAGCGACGUGUACCGCGUGUGGAAGCGGGGUGAGAGCCUGCGAGUGGACACCAGUCUCCUGGGCUUUGAGCACAUGACCUGGCAGCGGGGCCGGAGGAGCUUCAUCUUCAAGGGCCAGGAGGCAGGAGCCCUGGUGAUGGAAGUGGACCAUGACCGGCAGGUGGUGCACGCAGAGACGCUGGGGCUCACUUUGCAGGAGCCUGAAGCACUGCUGGCGGCCAUGCGGCCGAGCGAGGAGCACGUGGCCAGCCGCCUCACUUCUCCUAUCGUCUCCACCCACCUGGACACUCGGAAUGUGGCCUUCGAGAGGAACAAAUGUGGUAUCUGGGGCUGGCGGUCUGAGAAGAUGGAAACUGUUAGCGGCUACGAGGCCAAGGUAUACAGUGCCACCAACGUGGAGCUGGUGACACGCACACGCACGGAGCACCUCUCUGACCAGGACAAGUCGAGGAGCAAAGGGGGGAAGACUCCGUUCCAGUCCUUCCUGGGGAUGGCCCAGCAGCACUCCUCCCACACUGGGGCCCCCGUGCAGCAGGCGGCCAGCCCCACCAACCCCACGGCUAUCUCCCCUGAGGAGUACUUCGACCCCAGCCUCAGCCUGGAGUCACGGAACAUUGGCCGCCCCAUAGAGAUGUCCAGCAGAGUACAGAGGUUCAAGGCAACGCUCUGGCUGAGUGAGGAGCACCCACUCUCCCUGGGUGACCAGGUGACACCCAUCAUCGACCUAAUGGCCAUCAGCAACGCUCACUUUGCCAAGCUGCGUGACUUCAUCACCCUGCGCCUCCCACCUGGCUUCCCCGUCAAGAUUGAGAUUCCCCUUUUCCACGUGCUCAAUGCCCGAAUCACCUUCAGCAACCUGUGUGGCUGUGAUGAGCCCCUGAGCUCCGUGUGGGUGCCGGCCCCCAGCUCUGCCGUCGCAGUGUCAGGGAGCCCUUUCCCGUGCGAGGUGGACCCCACCGUGUUUGAGGUGCCCCAGGGGUACAGCGUGCUGGGCACGGAGCGCAGCGAGCCCCUCCGAGAUGAGGACGAUGACCUGCUGCAGUUCGCCAUCCAGCAGAGCCUGCUUGAAGCAGGCACCGAGGCAGAGCAGGUGACUGUCUGGGAAGCCCUGACCAACACCCGGCCUGGUGUCCGCCCUCCUCCCCAGGCCGCAGUUUAUGAAGAACAGCUUCAGCUGGAGCGGGCCCUCCAGGAAAGCCUGCGGCUGUCCACAGAGCCCAGGGGCCCAGGAUCCCCUCCCAGGACACCCCCAGCCCCCGGCCCACCCAGCUUUGAGGAGCAGUUGCGCCUGGCCCUGGAGUUGUCUUCGAGGGAGCAGGAGGAGCGGGAGCGGCGCGGGCAGCAGGAGGAGGAGGACUUACAGCGGACCCUGCAGCUGUCACUUACCGAGCACUGAGCCACAGCCCCUGAGAGGGCGCCCAGCCACUCCCUGCCCGCUUUUCUAAUUUAUUUAUUUAUAAACUCUGCUGCUGAGCUUGGGGCCUGGAGCCCCAGGGAUGGGUGGGCAGGGGAGACAGAGAUGGAAAUAAAGAGACUGCUGCAGCA